CAAAACCAAAAGGAUUUUCUGUCAUAUUUUUCCAUUCUCUUUCUCUCACUCACAUUUCUUCUUUGUUAAGUUGUUGUUGUUGUCUAGUAGAGAGGAAAUAAAAUGGAAGUGAAAGUUUUUGAAAUGGACAAAAUGGAGUUUUGGCCAUUGCAACAUCCUCUGGAACCUGAUGAUGAAGAUCAUCCUGUCAUUUGCCCAAUGCCCAACUCUACUUCCCUUCUUGAUGAAGGAACAUUGCAUAACGGGAAAAGGACACCAGAAAGCUGGAGGAAAAGAACAGAAGUGUCAAGAGAAGUAAAGGUACAGGCGGAGGCAAGGCCGGUGCGGAAGCGGCACCACCGCACCCUCAGCCGACCCGACCAGCUGAUGGUGGGAAUGUCGCCUCGGCCGAUCACCCCAAAUUUCACUAUAUUCCAAAUGCUCCAGCAGUUGGAUAAAUUUGAGUCAUAGCUUCACAGUCGUCACACACAAAGUUAAAGCAGCACACAAGUUUAUAUGGUUCAAAGUAUGGGGGCGUGGAAGAUUGUUGAGAUGCAAAUAUUUUUUGUUCAAUAUAAUGUUUAGUUUUAAAUAUAUAAUUAAGUGUUGAGAUAUAUUGGUGUGAAUUAGAAGAAAUAUGUUGUUUAAAAUCCUGUUUUUAUAUAUUAAAUUAUAUAAAUUUUGUAUUUUGGUAAAGUUAAAGUUAUGGCCCCUUGUGGACUCCAAUUGUGUUAAAGUAAUGUAUGGGGUAUGGUAUGAAAGAAAAAGUAAAUUUGGUUA